AUGGGUCCCAAGGCUGUGCAAUAUAUCAACCAGCUGGACCAUGCCCGCUGCGACGGUAACUGGGACCUGGUCCCGGAGCUCGUUCGCAAAGUCCGCAAGCAUGCUCCCGAUAGAGCUUGCCUCGCGCUGACCGCCGAAACCGAAUGCGCCAUUGCGAAGACGACGGGAGCAGCAGCUCAUACAAAUAACGAAAGUCGACCAACCACUGCCGUUAACACUGGCGAUAUUAAUGUUGCGGACCAACUACCGAAGCUCGAGGCGGCGAUUGAUGAGGAAGCUGCACACGAGAACGACAGAUUCCAGGCCGAGGUAUGCGCAGGCUGGUUGCACUGGACACUGGGAGACUACAACCAAUGUGUUACUCGACUACCCGAGAAUAACUUGACGGAAGGAGAGAUCAAUCCAGCCGAUAAGAAUGCUGAAUGGUCAAGCGUCUGCGCGCUCAAAGCCGCAUACCUCAGGGCUAAUUGCCUUGCGCGUAGUGGUGAGUCGAAGCAGGCCUUGAUUUCUUACCGAGCCGGUCUUCCAUCUCUUGGACGAGUGUGGGCAGAACACGGAAUAGGACGACAACUUCGAUACUGGUCAGAGUUGUUUCUUACCGAAUACUGCAUGCUCGCCGGCAACGCGUAUCAAAACAACGAAAUUCUGCAGGUUGAUGCUGACUCAUUGUCCGGUUAUCGUGCCUGGGCAAGAUUCUGGGAUACCAUGUCUACACCUGUGACGGGAGGAUACGGCUUUAAGGGGUCCGUACCUAGGAGGACGGUCUGGAAGGAGUACUACACCGCUCUCUCACAGAUUCUCGAGUCCGAUCAGCCCUUUCCAACUGGGUUUGUGAGCAAUACGGCUGGCGACCUUUCACCGCGAAGUCAGCUGCGAAUAGAACUCAAGCAUGCUGAAGCUACAUACCAGGCUCUCCUAUUGGGGGAAACGUCCUUCCCUAGAGCUGAAGAUGAGCGUGAGGAAGUUGAAUGGUUUGUCAAUCAAGUACUACGGAACUGGACUAUUCUCUGCGGGCGAGGGUGGAGCGAAAAAGACCUCGGCCAAGGUGGAAGAGGCAUCUUGAGUCGCGGAGUUCUCGACAUUCUUUACAAUGCAGCCAUGAAGACUUACCACUCGACAUCCAUUCUGCGCUCAUUAUUCCUCGUCCACCUUUCCGUUGCCGAAUUCGAUCUCGCUUUCAAGGCUUUCGACUCAUAUCUUGAGAUUGUCAAGAAGGGUAAGGCCCGUGUUGACAAGACUGGACACAUUGAACCUAGUCUGGACGACGAUGCCACAGUGCUCGAGACGAUCGCUCAAUGCAUCCUUGCUCUUUGCAGAUAUGGCCAACAUCCUGCCGCUGAAAAGGCGUACCAUCUUGGAUUGGAGUUGGAGGACUGGCUGGCCAAGCUACCUCAACUUACCUCCCAAGACAACCCUACGCCGGUCAUUUCAGAACAUGACGAACUCAACGCGCCACACCCUCCUGUGCCACCUCAUACUAUCGCUCUGGCAUGGCAAGCCAUCGGUCUGUCUCAGGCCAACUGGUCAAGAAUCACAUAUGAGGCCUCCGCAAGGACCGAGAUCCAGCAAAAAGCAAUUCGAUGCCUAAGGAAAUCUCUAUCAGCUGACCUUGGACGAUCGAAAGACAUCAGGAGUUUCUAUGCUCUUGGUUUGCUCCUAGCUGAGCGACGAGAACUGACUGCUGCGAUCGAGACUGUAAGAACCGCCUUGACAGCAAGCAAGGAUCAGGAAGAAAACUACGAUUUGGUAUAUGGACCAUACUGGCAAGAACGAUCUUUGAUCCCUGUGUGGCAUCUCCUGGCUCUUCUCCUCAGUGCUCGACAAGACUACAGCAUGGCCUCAAGGGCAUGCGAGGGUGCUCUGGAGCAGUUCAAGGAUAAUACUAUCUUGUUUGGAAAGGCUGAUCAGGCGUUCAGGAGCGAGCACCUAAAUGAAGCAGAGAAGGGCGCCGCAUCAGAGGACCGACACGGUCUAGUUGAUGACAUGGAUGAUGCGGAGAAGGAGAGCAUUCUGGAAGUGAAGAUGACGCAGCUUGCAUUGAUUGAGUUGAAUGAUGGUCCUGAUGUGGCUGUGAAUGCUAGUUUUGAGCUGUUGACACUAUUCUCGAGAUUGUUUGGAAAUGUUGCUGCAUCACCAACACUCAACCCCCCCAAAGCUCUGGAACCACCAAAGACUUCUGGUACGCUUAGGAGCAUCAGGGGAACUAUUUUCGGUGGCGCCGAUAGAUCGAGACCGCCUACGAGACAGGUCUAUGCUCCUCCUGGCGACAGAAACCCCCGACCCCAGACUGCGGCAACAGUGCGAAGUAGUGCACCGACUAUUCAGGUUACUGGAGAUACCGGAUCCGCAGCAGAAUCGCGGCCACGAACAUCGGCGUCUUCUGUCCGUCGCAAUAGGAGUGCUACGGGUAGAAGCAAUAGCCUUCAGAAGCGUGAGCGAAGCCACAGCCGACAGCGAUCUUCCAGUAUUGGAGCUAUCGGAGCUUCACAUGGACCUACAGUUGUCGAUGGCGAUGUAUUCUUUACACCAGCAAAUGUUGAAGACCAAGAGAAGGAGCAACAGUCAGACUUCUUCACAUACUCGAGUAAACGACAAUCCGCCAGCAGAGGUUCAUCUUUCAGAAAGCAACGUCCGAUUGGACACCUCAACUCUUAUCUUUCCACACAAUCUAAGUCUACUGACUACUCUGAGCUAUCAGUCGACAACGCUUACGCCUCUACCUGUAUCCUGCCUUUGAUCCACUUCCCUAAGGACAAGGAACGAUCUCAGCGAGCCGCCCUCUUAAUUCGAGUUUGGCUUAUGAUUGCCGGUUUCUACCGCCGCGCAGGUAUGAAGGACGACUGCAAGGGGGCUGUCACAGAGGCACAACGACUCAUUCAGAGUCUCGAGUCCGAUCUGGCUAGAGAUCCUUCAGGCUCUGGCGCCCUAAAAAGUCUUGGCUGGGCUGAAAAGAAGAGUGUUGAGGAUCUCUGGAGUGACUUAUACGCAGAGCUUGGACAAUUAUCUUUGUCUAAAGGAGCACCAUACACAGCUCGCAGUGACUUUGAGACCGCUUUGACGCAUACGCCAAACCAUCCCAGCGCCAUUGUCGGACUCUCCAACAUUCUGCUCGAUAUUUACAGUGAAGAUCUCCUUCCGCCAUCCCCUAUCCCUCCUCUGGACGACCCCUUUAAUCCCAAUGCUGGUAACGACCUUGUCCCGGCUUCAAGUAGUUAUGAUGUCCCCUCCCUCCCAUCCACGCCACUUGGCCUCGGCCCUGCAAACACGCAAUCUACUCCCAAGCCACCAAUGGACGCCGACGAGCUACCUGUCGCCUAUAAGGCAACACGCCUGCCCCUUGUCGAUCGUCUCGCUGCCCGCGAUCGUGCAUACGCACUGCUUUCUACGCUCACUAAACUCGGCUCCAGCUGGAACUCAUCCGAAGCAUGGUUUACUCUGGGCCGCGCCUAUGAGGAGAGUGGACAGCCUGAGAAGGCCAAGGAAGUGCUUUGGUGGUGUGUGGAACUUGAAGAAGGAACCGGUGUUCGAGAUUGGCGCUGCUUGACUGGUGGAGGUUAUAUUAUCUAG